AAGAUUAUCUACUUUUGUGUGCUCGUACAGAUCUGCUUUAUUCGCCUUUUUCAGGUCAAGGUUCCCCUGACCUACUUGAUAGCAAACCACAUCUUGGUAUAUUCGGCGAUCGCCUCGGUGCCCACAGAUGUCUGCUGCAAGAAAGCGAAUACCACCUAAACAAUGAUAACAUGGAAUACCACCUUCAGCUGGAGUUGUGGCGUGGAAACAUCGCGGGGGCCGUGCAGAUCGCCAGACAAAGGAACGAGUUAUCUGAUUGGAUUGUAGCGAUGGCCCCGCUUGCGUCACAUGACCUCUGGGAACUGGUUAGUGCUGAGUACGCUGAGCAGCUGGAGGAGGAUGGUCAGUACCACAAGGCAGCGACCUACCUGCUGGCUGCCCACAAGGUGCAUCAGGCCAUCGACUUGUUCAGGAGGCAUCGCUUGUUCAGAGAAGCUGUGUCUCUAGCCAAAAUGCGUCUCUCACCAGUGGACUCACUGCUUGAAGACUUGUACACAGAAUGGGGUCAAAGUUUAAUGAAAGAUGGCCAGUUUGAACAAGCUGCUAAAUGCUACUUAGCCAUGAGACACAUCCAAGAAGCUGGUAAAGCACUGACUAGAAGAUUAGACCAAUCAUCUUUAAAAACAGCGUGUCACAUGACCAUUUUGGCCAAUGAUACUCAACAAGGCCUGUCCUAUGCUUUUAAGUUAUUCUCUCAAAACUUUGUGAUGGGAGAGUGGCAGGAGGCUUAUACUUUUAUCCAAGAACAUGAAUCACUGAAGUUCUUGCUCCCUCUGGUGAGCACUCAUGAGAUGCUGGUCCAGCAGCUUGCUGUCAUGUGUCCAGGGCUGAACUUGACCCACAAGCCACUCACACCUGAUAUGUUUGCCCACUGGGACCAGAAGGAAACUGCCAACAAUAAAAUCACUCUGCCUGAGUUCCUUGUAGACAAGUCUGAGAUAGAUCCAGUGGUUCCAUGGGAGCCAUUCCUGAUAGAUGAGCACACCUUCCCCCACCAUCUGCUGCGCUCAUGGUACAAACACUUUGACAUCAACAUGGUGACCCAGGAGUUGACAGCCAUGCAUGCCGCCAUCUCACAGUUGGUGUCACUCAGGCAGAACCUGGGGGACCUGCCUAGUCUGCUGGUGAUGGUCAGCAUGGACAUCACCCUCUGUCUCCUGGUACUGCUCACCUCGGACACGUCCAAGGCCAUCGUCCAUCUGAUAGAAGCAAUGUCCACACUGUACAACAGCAAGCACAAAACACUACACCAAGCUUUGUGUCGCCUCAUGCUCCCUCAAGGUCCAAAGUACUUGCUGAAGCUCCAGCAGGAGUUCAAUGCUUCCAGAGUCCUCAUCACCAUGGAGAGUCACGGAGAUGUCAACAAGGCUGGAGGUGAAGGUCAUAACAGUAUUAAAAAGUUCCUGAGCGACAUUAAAGACGACAGCUCCAUCUCAACGCCCAGCGUGCGGUGUAGGGAGCUGGACUGUCUGCGGGCGUACUACUACUUGGCCGUGUUGGACUUUGUCCGCGAUGGCUUCCCCAAUGGUCAGCAGGAGGAGGACAUCUUUGAUGGCAUGCCCAACCAGGUGUUCACUGACCCCAACAGCUGCGUCAGGGAGUUUAAAAACAAAGAGCUGUCCUCGUCUGUUGACCCUUCAUGUCUGACUACGCCCUGUGUGGACACCUUGAUAAAAAACAUUCACAACAGCUUUGGAAACAUCAGUGACCUAGACCAGAAUGGUAGAAUCAGUCAGGCGCCAGUGUCAGAUGGUAGAAUCGGUCAGGCGCCAGUGUCAGGUGCUAACUUAAAUUCUGACAAAAAGACACUUUGUGCUGGUGACUUACAAAGUCAGCCAGGCCAUCAAAAAAACUUAGCUCAGGAAUAUUCUGCACAAUCAUACUCUGUGGACCCGCCUGUAGUGCCUUUCUCUCAGAAGAAAACUCAGCUGCCUAUAACAGCACAGCAGGGUAGGAAAUCCCCCUUACCCACCACACCCGUGAAAUCACCCACAGACUCCAUAAAAAGCUCAAAAACUUCCCCCACCACCUCACUACACAGGCAGACGUCAGCACAAAAAGGUCACCUGACCAACACGAACCUGCUCAGGCUAUCCAAGGGCAUUCUCUGGGAUGUGCAAGCCAAGCGUGAGGCGCUGACCGAGACCCUGGGCUACAUCCACCGAGCCAUAUCUCAGCAUUUACUGACAGUCCGACCAGCGGAGGAGCACAAGUCUGGCUGUGCCAUGAGCCCCACCCCCAGCAGCUCCAGCUGUAAAACCAGCACUGACGGGAGGGGGCUGGAGGAGGAUGGGAGCUGUCACCAGACACGCCUCUCACCAUCACCGCUAUCACCCACCACAUCAGAAAUCUUAAACACCGGAAAGACUCCCGUCCGACCAACAUUUUUCAAUACAAACACUUCGAAUAACUCAGAGUCUACCAGCCCUAAAGACAAUGACAGCAAUGAAAAAUCAAAAUCCAGUGGAUCCAACUCUGGUGGUGAGCGCACUCGAUCUCUCUCACCCAAAUCUCCUAACUUAAAUGAGUUGAGCAGCAGGGGACCAUUUCGGAGCAAGUCAGACAAUUCUUCAUUGUCUCCCUUAAGUCCAUCAUCCGCUCUAGAUCCCUGCGUGGCUCUUCAAGUGGAGCAUGACUUGCUUGGACAUUACGAUGGAAACCAAGUGACAUUUCAAAAACCAACCAAAGUAUUGUGGUUGGAUGGGAGAGGAUCCUCUGUGGACCAGAGCCCAACAAGCCCAAAGCCUGCUUUUAACAUGUCAAAGUUAGCCCCAGAUGGCAGCACCAUUCCAAUAGAGUGGUAUGAUCUUCCAAUAGAUGUCAAAUACACACAACCUUACGUCACUCUGGCCUUGCUUAAACAUGAAGAAGAUGCUGUUAAUCAAGAGUUGAAGAGAGUGCCAGAGAUCUCCCAUGUUCCCUUCCCUCCCACUAGAAAUAGUAUCCGUCGACUGCUGGAUGCCUGCCUGAACUCCCCGCACCUGAGUAAAGAAGAAAAACAUUCAUACUUCAAACAACUGAAUGACUGGGCUGUUCUGUUUGCUGUCACCACCCACCAGCAGACUGAGACAGACACCUUGUUUUCAUCAGCUGCUCUAGAACAUUUUACAGCAGGCUGAUUGUUGAUGUUGUCAGGACAAGUGCUCUCAAAUGAACUGGCCUUUUUUUGUUUUAUUUUAUUACUUCAGCUUAAUAUAAGUUGACAAAUUUGUUUUGUUAAUAAAUUUAUCCAUUCCUUCCAAAUUGUAUAUUUAGUUGGAAAUUGUUGAUUGUAACAGUUUAAAAAAAAAUCUCCACUAUUUUGUAUUUCAGAGCUAGAGAUAAAUAGUGAUUUCUUUGGUUUGAAAAUAUAUGGGUUACCAUUUAUAACUUAUAUAACAUUAAAAUAAAAUUGGUUGGAAAUGAAAUUCUGAUAUAUUCUUUCAGCAAAAAGUUUUUCGAAUUGAUGCAGAAAAAAAAAUUCCUUUUUUUUAAAUGAAUCAUUCUGUUGUUUAAAAAUUAAUUCUUGUUGUUGCUAUCUGGUUGACUAUUACCUUUAAAAUAAACAAAAAAGUAAAAUUGUCUUUAAACUUGACGUUUUCAAUCUCAGCUAACAUGGGUUGCUUUUUAACAUCCAUGCUAACUAAUCAAAAGAAUGGCUGCGGUAAUGCAACCAGCAUCAGUAUUAAAUAUAGGUGUCAGCGACCUGAUGGUUGGACCAUUAUGUUAGCUGCUGAAGACCUUAGUUUGGACCAUUGCAGUGUAAAUGAAGCAACCUUUUGAGGCUGCCAGCUUUUAACAGGUCUGCUUGUGAUGUAUACUUGUGUUAGUAUAAUGGAGCUUAACAUAGUCCUUGACAUUUAAAUUAAAAAUGGAAAUGUGAUUUAAAUUAAAGCUGCUGUGCCUCAUCAAAAUGCAAAUUUUUUUAAAUGCAUCAUUAUCCCUGGUAAAUUUAUAAAAAGAAAUCCAAAAUUUUUUUCAGUGAGAUUAGGUUUUCAGAACAAACUAUUCUAUGACCUAAUUUAAAAAUCCUGAUUGUGGAAUGCAGAUGUGCCAGUAUUUGUUACCUUGAUGAUUGUUUUAUUGCAGACCACAACAAAAUAGUGGAGAAAACUCAUUACAUUUGUUUGAAAGACAUUGUUAUUGUAAUAUUUUUUAAGUGUGAUAUUGUCAUUAAACCAGUGUUAACUUU